AUGAGACGUCUCGCCGGAGGGUCCGCGGACUCGCCAUCCCGACGCCUUCGCCUCACACUCUUCUUCUUUCAGCACCCGCUUCGCUUGCCCUGCUGCGAAGGCUUGAGCUUGAGGCCUGCUCGCGUGUCACCAUGUACAUCCCGGUCGCUGAUCACGUCGGCUACGCUUUCGAGCAUGCUGCCGGCGGACAUUGCCUCAACGCUCAUCGGCUCCGGCCUACUCUUCGCCUCCUUCGACCAGAAGGCCAGCAAGAUCGCCGCAAUCCCGCUCUUCGUCCAUCUCACCAUCGCCUUCCUCUGGGCUCGACACUCCCGCUUCACCCUUUUCGUCGUCACCUUCAUCAAGGGCUUGAUCCUGAUCUUCUACAUCGUCGCGCAUGCCAUUUUCUUGCUGUCCCCCGUCGUCGUCACGGCCGUCGAGGGCAUCCGCUACGGCGAGGAGGAGAUCACGGUCCCCGUCAUGGGCGGGCGCGAGCCGGGCUUCGGCAUGGUUGCAUCUGCUUUCUUCCACAAGCUGCGGGCGAUCCAGUUCGGAGAGGACAACCACGAGGGCUGGAGCGUGGCGGUCGUUUAG